AUGGACGCGGAGCGCGACGCGUUCGCCGCGAGCGUCCAGAGAGAUAUAAACAGCGUCACGGACGCGGAUCGCGCCGUGCGGAGACGCGCGUUCGACGCCCUAUCGAAGAGGUGCGCGCUCGCGCGGGAUCGAUCGGUCGUUCGAUCGGCAGCACGUUCGUUCGUUCGUUCGAUCGACGAGACGAAGAUCGCCCGCGCGUCCGUCCGUGCGUCCUCCUCACCCCUCACUCCUCACCGUCCCUCCCCGUCGCGCGCAUCGCAUCACAGGCUCCUGAAAGGCGACGCGUCGUCGCCCGCGCCGUCGCCGCAACUCCUCCGCGCGCUCGUGCCCGUCCUCUUCCCGUCCAUCCUUCGCGGCCUCCUCGAUUCCGUCGAGAAGGUGCGCGAGAAGUGCGCGCAGCUCGUCGCGGACGUCCUCGACGCGCUCCCGGACCCGAUGGUGGGUCCCGAUGGGGACCCAUGCGACGGCGGGGACCUACGACGCGACGACGGCGAGGGCGCGACCGCGGUCGCGCUCCCGUCGCUGCUGCCCGCGAUGGUGAAGAUCGUCGGGACCGCGCCGGUGGAGGAGCCCAGCGAGGAGAUCCGUCUGUCGUGCGUCGAGCUGACGACGCGCGCGGUGACGCGCGCGACGACAAUCGCGGGAGGGAACGCCUCCGGAGAAAAAACGGCCACGACGUCGACGUUACUCCUGCCGUUCGCGGAGGACGUCGCGGCGGUCGUCCACGCGUCGAGCGGGGACCAGUUCCACGACGUCAAGCGCGCGUGCGCGGCGCUCGUCGAGGCGAUCGCUCGCGCGACGCCUUUUGGCGCGUUGCCGCCCGCGAGCGCGAUGAAGAUGCUCAAGGCGACGCUCGCCAACGCGCGGCAUCGACACUCGUCCGUGCGGCUCGCCGUCGUCGCCGCCGUCGACGCGCUGCAUCGCGCCGGGGCAGUGCCGGACGCCGCGGUGCCGGAGACGCUCGCGCCGGGGACGCGGCCGCUGUGCGCGGACCGAGCGCCGGCGGUGCGCGCGGCGUUUCACAAGGCGCUCGCGGGGUGGAUGACGACAUCGAGCGGCGGCGGCGGGGAGGGAGUGGGGGGAGGAGGAGGUGAGAGAAGAGGUGAUCACAGAGAAGACUGCGGCAAAGUCCCUCCCGGGCUCGUCGACGUCGAGACGACCGCCGACGCGGACGACGACGCCGUGAAACGCGGGUGCGCGCUGCCGCGCGCGCGGUGGCUUCUCCCGAUGUUACUCACCGGCGUCGCCGACGAGACGGAGGCGAACGGCGUCGCGGCGUUGGAACUCGUGCGCGUCGUCGGCGAAGCGAACGACGCAGCGCUCGGGAUUGGUGGGCUCGGCGGCGAGGGCGCCUCCGACGAGGCCGGGGUCGACGACCGGACGGCAAAAGGGGUGCUCCCGCCGCCGUUCGCCGGCGCGCCCCCGCCGGGGGCUCGAAGGCUCGUCCGCGCGUUGCUCCCUUCGCUCCUCCCGCUCGCGUUGCGGGAGACGAAGGCGCGUUCUAUACACUGGUCCCCAUACGACCGCGUUCGCGUGGUGAACGCCGAUCCUUAA